AUGGCACAUGUGAUCAACCUUUUGUCAGGCGGCAGCCGAUUAUUGGAGAAGGGUAUAGCUGCAGCCUGGAGAUCUCCAAAUGGGGGCGUGAACUCCAAAACGGGACUUUACAAACUGCGUAACAAGCAGAGGAUCUCGGUGUCUGCAGCCUCCAAACUGCUGUCCAACAUGAUGCUGGGAUACAGAGGCAUGGGCCUGUCUAUGGGGAGUAUGAUCUGUGGCUGGGACAAACAGGGUCCAGGUCUGUACUAUGUGGAUGAUAAUGGCACUCGUCUCUCUGGCCGGAUGUUCUCCACUGGCUGUGGGAACAGUUAUGCCUAUGGUGUAGUGGACAGUGGUUAUAGUGAGGAUAUGUCUGUGGAGGAGGCGUAUGAGCUGGGCCGUCGUGGUAUUGCUCAUGCCACACACAGAGAUGCUUACUCUGGUGGUGUGGUCAACCUUUACCACAUGCAGGAGGAUGGCUGGAUCAAGGUGUGUAAGGAGGACGUGUCAGAGUUAAUCCACAAAUAUAAGAAGGGAAUGUUCUGAGUACAUAAGAUCUUUCAUUCAUGCAACUCUCAUUCUUUUAUUCUUUUAUCUGAUUAUCUGACAUUUCAGAUAUAUCAGUACAAAAAUAAACUGAUCUCAAAUCAAA